AUGAAGCUUGCAUCGUGGCUCUUUGGAAAGAACCCGGAGUAUCGUGGCCUUAUGAUGGGUUUCGAUGCCGCCGGCAAGACUACAAUACUUUACCAGCUGAAGCAACCUAAUGAGAAGAUCACUACGAUCCCUACCAUUGGACUCAAUGUCGAGACCGUGGAGAGUACAAAGGGCCACAAAUUUACUUUGUGGGAUGUUGGAGCUGAAACUAUUCGACGAGGUCGUCCCCGAGGUCAAAGUCUUCUCAAUGAACUGGACAACAAACAUGGCAAAAAGAACCUGUGGGUUAUCCUCAACAAGCAGGAUCUUUUACCGCCACACGAACGCGAUGAAGCUGUCAAACAGAUCAGAACGAAAUUGGAAAGGGGGCUGUCCAGGAGUGUAGAGUCGGGGAGGGUGCGGAUCUUUGGUCCACCGGGCUUCAAUGCUUUUGAACACGGCCAUGCUGCUGCCCUGCUUGAUGAAGUAGCGGACGCGAUACAAGCGGACAAGUCUCCAAUACUAAUGGAAAAGCACGACAGGCCGGUGAGCAGCCAUGUGGGUGAGACGGAGUUGAAAGAGCGCAUCAAUGAGAUUGCCAGGAGAAACACAGCAUCUGCUGAUGGUUUCUGGCAAGGCUUUCUUAAUGCUGAUUUACCCGUUUGGGACCACUACAAUCAUUUGCGAGCAGGGUAUUUUGUGCUUCUGGAGGGUACUGCUUGCGGAAACACCGUGAUGAAAUGCGCAGACAUGUUCGUGGACCAUGACAUGUUGAGAUCCAAGAGACCCGAGCGAUUCCGCAACACCACUCACCGUACAAUGACGGUAUUUUGGCUCUUCCAACUUCAAGUAGCUACCAUCAGAUACGCACACUUCAAGCGCUUGAUUGGCCUCACUUCUCGCGCCGCAACACCACCCACCGCUACCAUCAGAUACGCACACUUCAAGCGCUUGAUUGGCCUCACUUCUCGCGAGGAUUUUCCCCAAAUUCUGCUUCAUACACCGGAGCUUAUGGACGCCGGCUUGUGGAAAGUACACUACUCCAAAGACCUGAUGUUUACGGCCAACGCUCGAGCGAACUGGGUGUUGCCGGACAAGUCGCUACUCUCGUCGACCGCACAGCCCGUCCAACAUGAAUCGUCGCCGAGGGACGUCUCACAGGCGGAUAGCGACCAUUUAAUACGCUUUGCCUUGACAGUCAUUCAGAGCACGUCGGGAACAAGACUCCGUCGAGGUGCGGUGAUCAAGCAAGCGUUGAAUGCUUUGCAGACAUCCAUUAUACAAAAGAGGGCUUCCAUGUCAAACAUUGGCCCGUAUUCCGAGACACAGGCUUAUUGCUGGAUCCAGCAUGUUCAUGCAGCACUUGUCUCUCUGCAACCGCCGCCGGGAGAUGGCUUAAACCGCACCACAGGAUGGCAUGGGUCCAUGGGAAGUCUUACCCUGACGGCGUUCGAACCCCUUCUUGACAUUUCCGGUGACGAGUGGAAAAGACAUUAUUCCCAGCCUCUGUGGGAUAGUAUGCAGGCCCGCAUCGGCUUUGUCAACCCUGAUAGAAUGCCGCUACCUGGGCUCAUCUCCAUCCCGCCACAAUCGAGCAAAAGCCGUGUCAAGUUGCGGACGGUGCCCAAGGCCGGACUGGGUAUUGCCACAACACCGCGCAUGCCUCCUCCAGAGAGUCUUGCGGUCAUGGUAGCUGCCGUGUGUGAUGCAGCCGCCUUGUCUGACACAGAUUCGGUAGACGGCGUGGUCAAGAGUCACCCGGGGCUCAUUGUGUUUCUUUACGAUACCUUGGUGGCCAACCUCGGCUCCCGGGCUGGACCCGAUGACAAGCUAAUGGCCACUUUAAAAAGACGAAUCCAUCUUGUGAAAGCCAUCAACGAAGCGCUGCAGGUUUCGGGGCCAUCGGCCGAGGGGCUUACCUCCUAUGAGAGCUUGCCCCUGAUAUACUAUUCCGAGAUGAUUUUGGACAGCAGUGAGGCCAAGGAGGUGUUUAUGGCUCCGGAUCGGCGACCCUUUCCCAGCACCAUGUACGGGGGCAUUACGGCACGACAGUUCAUCAAUCUCAACACCAGCAUCUACGUGAACAGCAAAGACGUGACCAGGACAAAAAGAAAGGCAGGGACACCCAAUCAACAAAAAAGGGGGGCUGUAAACAUGACCAACUCAACCCAAAUGCAAAUGCCCAUCCGCCCGGCCGACGCCAUCUUCUGCCUCUGCAGCUUCGACACGCGCGUCGCCCAGCGUGCCGCGCAGCUAUACCUCGACGGCCUGGCCCCGAUCCUCAUCUUCUCGGGCGACUCGGGAAAGCUCACCGAGGGACGAUUCGCCAAGACGGAGGCAGAGACGUUCGCCGACAUUGCCCGCGGCAUGGGGGUGCCCGACGACAAGAUCGCCGUGGAGAGGCUGGUGAGGGCAGGUUAUGAUAACCAUUUGCCUCGGGGAUUCGUGGUGAAUGGGCCCAACUGA